CUAGACGGGCACUUGAAUAGCUCUGAGGAAAACAUCAGCAUACGGUUGACUUCAGCUAAUAGACAUCGAAACUCUGGCCUUUUUAACGAUUGAAUUGUGCUUCGGACCCUAAAUGACUAGAGAGGUGCAUUUCUAUUCAGAUGUGAAGAGCCUCCCUUUUGCCAGUGAACAAAACCACUAGUCAUGUCUGGCUGGUGAGUUCUGUCACCGUGCUAGCUUUAACAGCUAUUCUGCUUAUGAGAAGUCUGCGCGUGUUGGUGGCACGUCCUGAAAGCCCCUUUGAGGUCAGUGAUCUCCUCACCUGGGCGGAGGUGCUGGAGCUCAUACUUUGCAUUUAAGCACUUGUCAAGUCUCAAACCAUGAAUUACGUGGGGCAGCUUGCAGGACAGAUGUUUGUCCAGGUGAAAGAGCUAUACAAAGGACUUAAUCCAGCAACAUUGUCAGGAUGCAUUGAUGUGAUUGUUGUGAGGCAGCCUGAUGGUAGCUUCCAGUGUUCUCCAUUCCAUGUUCGCUUUGGGAAAAUGGGAGUGCUGAGAUCAAGAGAAAAAGUGGUGGAUAUUGAAAUAAAUGGAGAGCCCAUUAACUUGCAUAUGAAACUUGGGCAAAAUGGGGAAGCCUUCUUUGUUCAAGAGACAGAAGAUGAUAAGGAGAUUGUCCCUUCACACCUUGCUACCUCACCAAUUAUCACUGAAGGGGCUGCCUUAAUGGAAGCUCAAAUGAUGAACAUUUCUCUCAAACCCUCCAACUCCAGUGCUGCUUUUUACACUGCUAACUUAGGAAUUGACUGCGGAGUAAUCAGCAGUUCAGCUAAAAAGAGAAGAAAAAAGCGGCGCAAGUCAAAGAUGGACACUUUGAAAAGAGAGGAUAAUGGAGAAUACUCUGAAGGUGAAGACAUGUUCCCUCUUGAAAUGAGCUCUGAUGACACAGAGCUAACAGAUACCUUAAGGUCUUCUAUACAAGGCACUGAUAAUGAAGUAAAAGCAAAUAGAAAUGUUGAAUUUAUUGGCAGGAUGAGUAAUAGUUAUUGUGAUGCAGAAUUGUUACCAUUUCAGAGCAGUAAGGACAUAGAUGGCAAAGGCACUUCCCAUUUUAUUUCGGUUCUUGGCAAUGAAGGAUUGUCUGUUUCUUGCCCACAAGAAUCUUCAUUCUUUAAGUCGUCAAACAGUUGUGGUGCAUCCCGUCCCUCAACUCCAAAAAGUGACUCUGAGCUUGUUACUAAAUCUGCAGAAAAACUAAAUCAAGACAUACCCAAUAUGCAGUGGGCCUGGGGGGAACUUCCACAAGAGGAAAAGCCUUUAAUUUUGCCAAAAGCUGAGCAAUCCAGUGUGGUUAAUAUACCUGUUUCAGAAAAUACACACUUCCGUGUUAUUUCCAGCUGUUCAGCUUCUGAAUAUGUAAAGGGAUCAACAUCUUCCCCAUCAGUUUUUGAAACAGUAGCAUCAAUGAGGGUGCCAGAGGUAUACCCAGGAAGCACAUUUCGGACUGAUUUAGAGGUGCCUAUGUCACCUGAGCUGCCAGAGGAGGUAGAGCAACUUCAAUAUGAAACUCAACCACGGCCAGGCAGUAAAAUGGAGUCUCCUUCAAAGAAGAAAGAUAAAAGAAGUCGUCAUCUAGGAGCUGAUGGAGUAUACUUGGAUGAUAUUACUGAAAUGGAGCCUGAAGUUGCAGCAUUGUAUUUCCCAAAAAGUGAUGCAAAUGUUCCUGGCAGAAAUUAUACUUAUUCUGAUUAUGGUGUCAGGUCAGCAAACCAGUCUCCACAGUCUAUUGGUAGUUCUGGAAUGGAUAGUGGUGUUGAAAGCUUCUCUGAUCAAAUAGCAGAUUUGCCUUCAAUUGCUGUUUCCCUCUGUGGAGGCCUGAUUGAAAACAAAGAAAUAACUAAAGAACGGUUUCAAGAAAAAUUAGUAACAUACCAAAUCUUUUCUGAAAAUCCAGCAAUUAUUGAUGAUCCAAAUCUUGUGGUGAAAGUAGGAAGCAAGUAUUACAACUGGACAACAGCCGCUCCCUUAAUGCUGUCAAUGCAAGCAUUCCAGAAGCCACUGCCAAAGGCAACGGUUGAAAAUAUAAUGAAGGAAAAAAUGCCAAAGAAAGGAAGCCGAUGGUGGUUUUCUUGGAGAGGGAGAAACAACAAUGUUAAACAGGAAUCCAGUUCAGAAAAUAUUGGAAAUUUUAUAGGACAUUUGGGAAAUGAACCACCUGGGACCUCUUCAAGCAGGUUGAAAGAUGAAUCAUCAUCGAGUGAUGAAGACCCUAGGACUUCCAAAAAAUCUAGCCCUCUUCAGCAAGAAUCGCUUGCUUUUUCUCCCUCAGCUGUUUCAUAUAAAAAAACUCUCAGGCUCACUUCUGACCAGCUUAGAAGUCUACAUUUAAAGGAUGGACCUAAUGAUGUGAUUUUCAGUGUUACCACACAGUACCAGGGCACUUGUCGCUGUGUGGGUACUAUAUACCUUUGGAACUGGGAUGACAAAAUUGUGAUUUCAGACAUUGAUGGAACCAUUACAAGAUCUGACACACUAGGUCACAUUCUUCCAACUCUUGGGAAGGACUGGACUCAUCAAGGCAUUGCUCGUCUUUAUCACAAAGUUAGCCAAAAUGGCUACAAGUUCUUAUACUGCUCAGCUAGGGCAAUUGGCAUGGCUGAUAUGACAAGAGGAUAUCUGCAUUGGGUCAAUGAAAGAGGAACCAUGUUACCCCAAGGUCCUGUUCUUCUCAGUCCAAGCAGCCUGUUUUCUGCACUGCACAGGGAGGUUAUUGAAAAGAAGCCAGAGAAGUUCAAAAUAGAAUGUUUGAAGGACAUAAGAACUUUAUUCCAUCCAAAUACCGAGCCUUUUUAUGCUGCUUUUGGGAAUAGACCAACGGAUGUAUACUCAUAUAAGGAGGUGGGAGUUCCUUUAAACCGAAUUUUUACAGUUAAUCCAAAAGGAGAGCUAAUACAAGAGCAUGCAAAAACCAAUGUCUCAUCGUAUGUAAGGCUUGGUGAAGUUGUGGAUCAUGUGUUUCCGUUACUUAAGCGUGGAGAUUCCUCGGAUUUUCCCUGUUCAGAUGUCUACAGUCAGUUCACAUACUGGAGGGAACCUUUGCAACCAAUGGACAAUCCAGAUGUUGACAUCAAAUCCAGCUGAAUUUACUUGUUUGAAUAUUUACAUUUGCAGCCACUUACCUCUAUAGCACUUACUUAAAUAUGAUUUUCUGUUUUUUUUGUGAAUCACCAUCUUUAUGUGAGAGAGUGAGUGAGUAAGCUGUUUUUCCCCACCAAUGUUGUACAUCUUGGGGAUAUCGCCAUCUUCUUCUGAGUGAGUGAGUUAUUGUGCUUUUUCCCUCCUAUGCUGUGCAUCUUAGAUGUGAUAUAUUAUUUUGAUCUUAAUGUGCUGGUUGUUUCACAUUACACACAUGAAAAAUGAAAAGAGAAUUCAUUGCUGGUAGUAUCUUUACCCGCCUGUAAUAAUACCACAUUCAGGAUUUACAUUUUGUAUAAUAACUUUGGUUAUAAUUAUAGGCACAAGGGAAAGAACUGCGGCCUUCAGGACAUUGUCAGCUUUGUUUCCGGCAGGUGGAAUCUUUUUUUCUGUAAUCUUUUACUUUGAAUGCCGCUGUUAACUUUACAAACUACUACAGCAGUUUAAAGGGAAUUAUUCCUAGAAGGGGUAAAAGGUUUCUGUUAGCAAUAUGAUUUACUAGUAAUGUGAUCACUUUUGCAGCCGUAUUUCUGUGUUAUUAAUGAUGUAGUCUGUUAGUAAUUGAAGCCAGAUUACUUUAUUGCUGCUUCUUAUUACUUUAUUGCUGCUUCUUAUUACUUUAUUGCUGCUUCUUAUUUUUUUAACUUCAGGUCUUUAAUUUUGAAAGGUAGGAGACAUCUGCAUGUUUUCCAAGCGUGUAUGUGUCUUUUCUCUUUUUACUUUGGCUUCCUACCACAAUAUAAAACUGUUCAGUGUGAUUAUGGAAGUGUGCAUAUAAGUGUACUCCGGGAUAGACCAGCAUCGCAUUCAUGGUCACUUCCUGUAAUCAGUAGUGCCAAGAUAGGUGCCAGCUCCUUGAGACACCAGAAUUGAGACAGUGAGGUCAGGAGUUAUUACUGAAUUAGUAGAGAAGCCAAGCAUAGCAUAAACUAAGCUAAGAAAAUAAUGCAUUAUGCUGGUGCUCAUUUAAGUUUCACAUAUCCUAAGAAACUGGUUGCAUUAAUGGUUGCAAACUGAGCAGUGUGGCAGUAGUUUUGAUGCUGCUGGAGGAGGAGAUUGCACUUUCUCCCCUUUGUUACUUUGUGCCUUUUCUUCUCACAUCCCACAGGUGAGCAUGUUGGGUUUCCUAGUGAGAUUUGUGAUUGUGCAGUGUGGGUGUGGGUAUGAGUGUGCCCUGAAAAGUAUUGUCUCCAUAUUGCCAGUCAACUCCUGUCUUGUACCUUCUGCUGCUAAAAAAGGUUCAUACUACACUCAACCAUAAAAUUAACUAAUCAGAAAGUAGACUGAUUGGAAGAUGGAUGAAGAAUGGAACUCGACAGGCAUUUUGAUAAAGUUUUAUGGAUAAUAAUCUUACUUGUACAAGUUCGGUAGUAUUAAUCUAUACAAAUCAUUCUCUGUGAAUUCUUGCAUUUUCUUUGUUAUUGUAGCAUAUAUGCAAAUUUGUAAAAGAAAAUUAGAAAAAUAAUAUUGAUUUAAUGUUUCUUAAAUCUUCACUAUUUUGGAUCAUUCUUUUCAUUAUUGAGUUACAGGUGCACAUUAUAUAAAUCAAAUUAAAUGAAAUAAUAUCAAAUGCAUAGCUACAUACUGACCCCAUAGGUUUUAAGAGAUCCUUUUUAAAAUUAAAAUUUAAAAAGAAAGCCUAUGUGGUCUUUAAUCUUUGUUUUUGUUAGCAUAGUCUGGUAUGCACUAUUUAGUUUGAAGUUUGUAGAAAAUUUAAAUGUUGCUGGUUUGCUUUUUAAUGGAAAUAAUAUUCUUCUUCUUUAUAGCCAACACUAUUGUCCAUGAACGGAUAACAAGCAAUGAAUGGUACUAUUUACUUCUUUCAUUUCAUGAACAGAUAACAAGCAAACAGUGAAUGAUACUUUUUACUUUUAUCACUUCUUUAUUGUACAGUGUUGCAAGCAUAGUAAUUCAGUGAUAUUUUGCUUUACUGUA